AUGCUAACUUUACAUCAUAAAAUAGCUUCCUAGCCUGAUUUAAAAGUUGAAAAUACACAUUAAACUAAUCCUUAAAUUUUAAGGUCUUUAAAACCUGCUUAAUUUCUGAAUAAUCUAGAACAACUUAAAGAAAGCGAAAGUUAACUUUUCGUACCUCUUAAAGCAGAGGCUAUAUACUAAUAAGGUGCACAAACCGAUAGAGUUUAAGAAGUGAACAUUCGUUUCCCUAAAAUCUAAUAAAAUUCAUCACAACUCAUAAAUAAACCUUUAAACUUGAUGCCUGAAUCAAAGCAUAAUCAACUUAAAGCCUAAUUGUAGAAUAUUUUUUCUCAGUAAAAUUCUCUCAGUGAUUCUCAUAUUAUAUUGCCUGGGCUUCAUAAAUAAAGAAAAGAAUCACAUAUGUUUAUAAAAAUGAUAGAAGAACAAUUGAGUUUCCCAAAUUAAGAGUCAUAAAGAACAGUUUAAAAUAGAUUCAGCAGAAGAGGCAAGAAUUAAACUUAAAGUUAAACUAACUUAGAAACACCAAUAUUUUAGGAUUCAGAGAAUACAUAAUAAGAUGAUCUCAAUAAUUAAAGAAAAGUUGAAUUUUAAAAACGUGUUAAGGUAAUUAAUCUACAAAAUGGAAGAAUAGCAACAGAAAUUAUAAAAGAAGAGGAUGAAAUACCACCUCCUAUUAAAGUUAAAAGAAAAUUUGUUUCCUAAAAAACGAAAUUUUUUCCUGAUAAUUAAAACAAAUGA